GUAGCUGGAGAGCAGCCGGUGAAAAUGGUAACGUUCACUCUAACGUUCAUACGCCAUGGGGAGACUCAGUACAACAGAGACAAGCUCCUGCAAGGUCAGGGAGUGGACACGCCUCUGUCAGAAACAGGUGUGCAGCAGUCCAAAGCUGUGGGACGAUACCUUACAGACAUCAAGUUCUGCAAAGUCUUUGUUAGUAACCUGCAGCGAGCUGUGCAGACAGCGGAAAUAAUUCUGAGGAACAACACUCACUCUUCUGGUAUGGAGAUGAUUUUAGAGCCCUUACUCAGAGAACGGGGUUUUGGCGUGGCUGAAGGCCGUCACAAAGAGUAUCUGAGGAACAUGGCGAAAGCAGCUGGUCAGUCCUGUCGUGAUUUCACGCCGCCAGGAGGAGAAACUUUAGACCAGGUGAAGCAGAGGUUCAAAAAUUUCCUCCAAGUUCUUUUUAAACAAAUGCUGGACGAACAGGAAACGACCGGAGACGUCGCCUCCUCCAGUGACGGCCACCAGCGGGCCUCGGCCCACGUCCUGGUGGUGAGCCACGGCGCGUAUAUCCGGGUGGCCGUCAGGCACCUGCUGGAGGACUUAAGGUGCGUCCUGCCUGCAGGCGUGAAGAUGUCGCAGCUGCUUUCGCCGUGUCCCAACACGGGCGUCAGCCGCUUCGUUGUCACUCUGAGCCAGAGCGAGUCGGGUCCGCUGCUCUCUGCCGCCCGCUGCCUCUUCACCAACAGGAAGGAGCAUCUGGAAAACCUGCCGCCUCCUGAGUAGCAGAGAAGAAACGGAGAAGAUUGGGGCUUCCAUAAACAACAUCAAACUGUGUUUUCUCGAUAAUCGGCGUGUUUUACUGAUUACCAAUGAUGAGAAUCAUUUUAAAAGUUGCAUCUGUAGGGAAAAUCUCUCACUACAUUUAUAAACUUUUAUAAUUUAAUACCAAAGUUGAAUCUUUUUAUUUUGUCUUUGAGUACACAUGUUUCUAAUUCUACAUGUGCAACAAACUAUGAAGACUUGAAUCAUGGUAAGAUAUCCUGUAUAAAAGAUUGUAAAGACUCUGUGCUACACUUUAUUUGUGAUAUACUGUAUGUGCCUGUUCGUUUGCUGUAGAUCAGGGGUCUCAAACUCCAGUCCUCGAGGGCCGCC